CGAGGGGCCGGAGCUCCUGGCGGUGCCGGAUCCUGACGGUGGCCUUCCCCCGGGUCUAUGGCCCAGUGAGGAGAGAACCCGGCCCGUAACAACCCAUGAGGGCCUCCCAGUGGUCCCGUUGCAGGGUAUUCCGAUGGACGCGCUGUACCUCAGCCUCACAACCCGUCUGCGAUACGGACGCUGGGGAGAACUCACGAAGGGGAACGGCUUGCGCGCCGAAACUGGGGCAGGAGAGAUGGGAUUUGCCGGAAUACGGGUGCCUCUCUGCCAUCCCAGGAGCGGGGGUUGUGAGGAAGGGAGAAUGUCUCAGGAUGUCCUUCCGGGACGCCAAGCGCACCCCAGUGAGGAGUAAAGCUAGUUGACACCGGAUGUGUUUCCUCCCAGGCUAAGUCCACCUUCCGGCCUGGGCCGCCGCUGCUGCGGAAAGCUGGGUUCUGGCUCUCUGAGUCGAUUGUGACCAUGGCUGCUGAAUCCGAUGUCCUGCACUUCCAGUUUGAACAGCAAGGAGAUGUAGUCUUGCAGAAAAUGAAUCUCUUGAGACAGCAGAAUUUAUUUUGUGAUGUGUCAAUUUAUAUUAAUGACACCGAGUUCCAGGGGCACAAGGUGAUUUUAGCUGCUUGCUCUACUUUCAUGAGAGAUCAGUUUUUACUCACACAGUCAAAACAUGUCAGAAUCACCAUCUUGCAGAGUGCAGAAGUUGGCAGAAAACUGUUGCUCUCUUGCUAUACUGGAGCACUUGAAGUUAAAAGGAAAGAGCUUUUGAAAUACUUGACAGCUGCUAGUUACCUGCAGAUGGUUCACAUUGUGGAAAAGUGCACAGAAGCUUUGUCAAAGUAUCUGGAAAUUGAUCUUUCUAUGAAAAAUAACAAUCAACAUACUGACCUGUGUCAAUCCUCUGAUCCAGAUGUUAAGAAUGAAGAAGAAAAUUCAGAUAAAGACUGUGAGAUAAUUGAAAUUUCAGAAGAUAGUCCUAUAAAUAUAGAUUUUCACGUAAAAGAAGAGGAAAGCAAUGUUUUACAGUCUACAGUAGAGUUGACAUCAGAGAGAAAGGAAAUGAAGUCACCAGAGCUGUCUUCAGUAGAUAUUGGUUUUAAAGAUAAUGAAAUUUGUAUCCUCCAUGUGGAAUCUAUUAGUACUGCUGGUGUAGAAAAUGGGCAGUUUUCACAGCCUUGUACCUCUUCAAAAGCAAGCAUGUAUUUCUCUGAAACACAGCAUUCACUGAUCAAUUCUACGGUUGAGAGCAGAGUGGCAGAAGUUCCUGGGAACCAAGAUCAGAGCUUAUUUUGUGAGAAUACUGAAGGAAAUCAUGGUACAGUGAAUGAGAUUCAGAAUCUGGAGGAUGCUUAUUCACUGAGGCACCAGUGCCCCAGGUGUCCUCGAGGAUUUCUUCAUGUUGAAAACUACCUGCGCCACCUUAAGAUGCAUAAGCUGUUCUUGUGCUUACAGUGCGGGAAAACAUUUACGCAAAAGAAAAAUCUCAACCGGCAUAUUCGAGGGCACAUGGGCAUACGGCCCUUUCAGUGUACUGUGUGCUUGAAGACAUUUACUGCUAAAAGCACACUUCAGGACCACUUGAACAUACACAGUGGAGAUCGCCCAUACAAAUGCCAUUGUUGUGACAUGGAUUUCAAGCACAAAUCUGCCCUCAAAAAGCAUUUAACCUCUGUCCAUGGCAGAAGCAGUAGUGAAAAACUACCCAGGCAUGAUCUCAAAAGGCAAAAUCUACUAUAAUUAGAACCACACCUUGCUACGUAAGCCUUAUAUAAUUCUGUUAGGCAAGUUUUUCUACAGAAAUGCAGCAUCUGUUAUAUUGCAUCCCCCCCCCAUCUUUGGGUCUUAAUUUUGGUCUGCCUACACAUGUUAUUCUUUCUGAACUUCUACUAACAGUUCCAAAGUGUGGGAGACAUGAUAAAGCUAAUGGGAUGCUGCCUUAUCUCAUAUAGUAUAUGUAAGUCCCAGUGCUAUAUCUAGAGAAAUAAUGUUCCUCUCUUAAAUAUUCUUGAUUCUAGUGACAGAGGAUCCAGCAGUAUUUCUAGAUUCUGAUUUUGACUCUCUAGAUAAAUAAUGUGAAUGUAAAAUCCCAACCACAUAAUAAUUUUAAUGAAUUAGGAUAACAGGAAGAGAAAAUAGACUUAAAAACAUGCUGUAAUCCAUCAUGCUUUGUAGGACUAGUGAUUUUUUUUUUUUAAACAAACUGCAGUUGACUUCUAAAGCUAAGCACCAAGGUACUUGUUUUAAACUAUAAGGGAACACAUUUCAAAUUCACUUGGGAGUAGUAGAAUUUCCUUGUACAUGGGCUAAUAUUCCUUAAAAUAAUGGUUCCAUGAUUUUUUUAGUAUACAUAUUUUAGAAAUGAUUAAUCAAGCCCAAGUUUCUUGAUUUUAUUUCAUGCAGUUGUAUUUAAUAAUUUUUUGACCAGUGAAAUUAUACCACUGGCAUGAAGCUCUGAAAAUUUCUUUUAGAAAUACCAACUUUACCAAAGAUACUCUACUGUUUCCUUUUUAAAAUUUACUUCAUUUUUAUUUUUUAAUUAACAUAUACUAAAACUGACCUUUAUUUUUGGUCUACAUUUUCAUGAAUUUUAACACAUGUAGAUUUGUUCAACCACCACUGCAAUCAGGAUACAGAACAUUCCAUCAUCCCUAAAAACACCCUUAUGAUGCCCCUUUAUAAUCAGCUCCUCCACCUAUCUUUAAAUCCUGGCAACAGUUGCUAUUGCUAUAAUUUUGCCUUUUUUGGAAUGACGUGAGUGGAAUCUUGUAGUAUGUUCCCUUGUGAGAUGAUUUUUUUCACCACACAGAAUGCCAUUGGAUUCAUCCACGUUGUUGUGUGUAUCAAUAGUUCAUUCCCUUUUUUACUUUGAAUUGGCAAUAAAUACUAUCUUGCUGCCACUAGAUGAACAGUUUAAAUAUGGUUGGCUAUUAGUGUUCUCUUAAUUAUUAACUUUUUUCAUUUACAUUAAGCAAUUUUCAUUUACCACAUGUUGACAAAAACCCUAACCAUCCCUAGAGUUUUAUUCUGUAUUUCCAGAAAUGUGCCAAAAGCAAAACCAUGACUGUAUGGUUAUUUUAGUGAGAGUAAUUCUGUUUGUGUUAUGAGCCCUUGCUCUCUGCUAUCCCUGUGUACAAAUAACACAAAACUUUGUUGUCAAAGCAAAGAUUAAAAUCUAUUGCAGGGCAAAUCAUAC